GCAGCACUAAGAUCUUAGUGAUGUUCAUGGCAGACAUAUGAAUAAUAUAAUAUGAAAAUAUGGCAGGCAAGUUGUCUGCCAAUUGUCAUGGUGUGAUCGUGAAAUCGUGAACGUACUGACCUGUAGUCAAUGAUUUGGUGCAAGUUAUAGUUGUGAAAUAUACGAAUGCAGCAAUUUGACGAUGGCUGACAAAAGCGUAGAUGAUCAUACUGACAUGGAUAUUGGGGCUUGGAACAAAAUGUGUUCAACCAUUACACAAGCUGGUUUUCGAGAUGGUGCAGCAGCUGGAAGGGAUGCAGUUUUUCAGAAGGGUUUUGACAUGGGAUAUGCUGAAGGAUAUCAAGCUGCAUUAUCACUGGGUUAUUUAAAGGGAGUCAUAAGCACUGUUUUUCACCAUACUGAGGCAGGCCCUGUACCUGCAGCCAGCUCACUAAAGACUACUUUAGAGAAAACUUCUUUAGGCAUGUGUCAAUUGUGUCAGGCAGAUCCUACCAAAAAUCAGGAACAUAGAGAAACCACCACCACAAAACCAAUGUCAGACAUCAUUGAGAAUCAAAGGCAUUAUGUACAGGAUGCACUAGACAGGAUACAACAGGACAAUUUCCAGUUGUUAAAUGAGUGGAGUGUGGCACUGAAGAAAUACACGUGAAGGCUAAUUACAGACCCAUCUGAGGAAUAGGUGUGUUUAAUAUGGCAGAAAAACUGGAAAAUUAUAAAUGUUAACAGUGAAUAAUGGACAAAGACUUAUCUGAAAUAUUUUCAUCACCAACUACACUGAAUGAAUAGAUUUAUUAAAAUUAUUUCCAUAAUAA